CUCAUAGUAGUAAUUAUUAAACUACUGACUAAAAUCGAAAGCGAAGUAAAUAAGGAGUCAUGCGGCGUGCAUGCUAGAGUGGUUGAAGAAAAUGAAGGAAUUACGAGCGAAGUUCUCUAUGGUAGUCUUUCUGUCUUCCAUCUAUGUCUCUUUCCCAGAAUCUAUCCAGAUCAACAGGUUUAUUUCGCAGCCUAGAGACCCACAAACUUGGAAAAAGGUGUUUGACUGGUUUGUUGUUCCGUCGUCGGCUUGUUACCAAGGGAGAAUUGGAACUGGUGGUAACUACUGUAACGAAUCGUGCACAAAAGAUGACUCCAAAGACCAGUACUUGUGUCGCUGUUCCCAUAGAUUUGCCACUGUCACGUAUGUAAAUAACACCUGGAUAUGUCUGGAGAAUAAGUUGGUGCGAAAUAAACUCGGUGAGUUUGAUAAAUAUCGAAACAUGAGAACCGGUAUUUUGAAAUUCGAAUGACCACGGAAAUGGGAAAUACAGUCGGAAAACUUUCUCGUAUGGUAAGCGGAUACCCUUGGGAAUUGGAAAACGAGUCCGUUAGUAGAGCUGUCCUCCUUGGGAAUUAUUCCCAACGACACCAAAGAAAAAUAGGGUGGAUGUCCGCUUACGGGAGAGUUAAUUAGUGGGUGUUAACUACAUUUUUAAUAGCAACAGCAACUCUUUAUUGAUAUCUGAUGUUAAAAUAUCGCUUGGACAAAUGGAGAUUUGACAAAAUCGAUCGCGACUGUUCUGUUGCUCUGUCAAAGGUCAUUAUUUUUUUGGUUUGCAAAUAAAGGACAAAUUUCAUCACCAAGAGCGAAUUAUUGUGGAAGUUUCAUUGUAUUUGUGGUGGCACUUUAGACUUGAGUUUCUUGAAUACGAAUUUGAAAAUCGAGAAGAAGUAAUAAGCCACUGAAGGUUUCACCCUCCAUUUCAAGUCAAAAUGAGCAAGAGGAGCGCUCUAUGUCUCGGAUAUGGAUCAGGUAUCUGUCAGCUAAACCUUCGCCUGAUUUGUUAGCUGGUCAUGCAACUCUGCGUCCGCCGGUUCUGCGCUGUUAUGCUUUUGUCCGAGCAAAAUUUUUUCCUAUUUAAGUUUUCUCUGUUUAAAUUUAAAGAAUAUUACCCUGAUCCCUAGAAAUUCUAUGUCGCUAUUUUUCAACUUCAGUAAUGUAUCUGUUUGGUUAUCCCCUUGUUUCAAACAAAAUUGAAAACCUUCUUAGCGAAUUACAUACACGUGCAGUUAAAGUAACUUUCUCCUGCUCUACCUCUAUCAACAGGAUGUGCGAACAACACCUUAUUUCAUUAUGAAAGAGAGUGGCAUGGAGUAUACACUCUAAGCACUCAGCCGAGCUGGGGAAGAAAAACAGCAUUAUACAAGAAGGUGGCCUGUGUUUUAAACAUUAGUUCUUCCUGGGUCAUUGGAUGUCACGGGGAAAAGACUCCAGUUGACAGACUUACUAAUAGAACAAAGGAAAUCUUUGUCCUUGAAUGGAGUAACAAGAGCAGGGCAUACUAUUUAAAGGUGAUUAAAAAUUUUCGCUCAACCUUUGAGGUAUCAGGUUAUCUAUUUUUAUUCUUCUCCUUAAAGAUUGACACUUCUGAUCCCGACGAAGCUUUCCAUUCAAGAAAGAUCUCAUCAUUGUUUUUUUCCCCUGAAAUCGUUUAAGUCAAGGGUGUUCACAAGUGGUCUAUUAACGUGCUCGUGAUCCCUCCCCAACCUAUUGUAAGAAGGUAAUCGCUGAUAAUACCACCAAAAUAAAAAAAGAACUUGUAUGCCUCCAGAUCCCAGUGGCAAUGUAACUUAGUGUAACACACUCCUUUUAAAAAGUCGGUUAAUUGUCAGCUUUAGCUGGGUAAUAUAACUGAUUACCAGAACUAUUUAUUUGAAUCAAACAUGCCAUUGUUUUAGUUUAUUAAGACUCCAAAUAAAUAGUGUGCGAUUACUCUGUUCAUUGGCCACGAUGAAAGGAGCAAUACGAUUCUUGGACUAUUAAGAACUAUGAUCCAUGGAUAGCCCAGGAUUUUCCGAUUUUUUUUUAUAGAUUAUUAUAGGAGCUCAAUCGGAUUUGUCGUUAUGAAUCACUUAAAGAGAAACGUAUCCACGACCAAAUGAGUUCUCGUUUUCACAAUCCUAAGCAAUUUCAUUUUUUAAAGAAAAAUAGAUUUUGCUUUGUUUUCUUACCAAUAGGUGGUUGAUCCAAUCGCCAUUUUGCAGGGAAGAAUAAUAAAUCUGGGAGUAAGCUGCUCCCAGCCUCCUUCUGGCAUCAAAGAAGGCUGCCUACUCUUCAAACUGGAAGGAAAUAUCACCUGUAACCUCACGUUUGGAAGACUUUCACGGAUAUGGCAAGGUUAAUUUGCAUAGAAUGUCUGUUUUUGUAACGGUUGAAGUUCAGCAGAUGAAAUACUUUCAGACGGAUUGCUUAGAAAAAUUGUGCGCUUUUCUCAAAGCUUUCACGCUGUUUAGCAUCUUACAAAGUCGAUGAUGUUAUUCAGCUUCCGUCCACCAGGCCCUUUUUAUCAACUUUCUAUAAGUUAAAAUAUAUAUUUUUUCAUUUUCUCAACUGGUUUGGUAUGCAUCAAAGCCUACACCAUAGAUUCUGUUCGAUAUGAUGAACGCCUUUGCCGAAGUCAUCCUUAACGUAAGGAACGGGUGUGGCUAACAGACUUAAAUGAACGUAUCUCUUAACCGAUCUGGUUGAUUUUCAGGUCCCGUAGAGCACUUGGUGGGGUCAACACUUAGUCCUGCAGCUUCAUCUUUACUGUAUUCAUCACCUUCUGCGGUACGAUUACCUUAGAUACACUUUAAAUAGGUACCAUAGCAAACUUUUUAUAUCAUCACAACCCUGAUUUAGAAGUGGAAAGUGUGCGCGUGAUCUAAAAGUAUUUCACAUCGCGUUGGGCUGUUGGAAAAUUCUAGUUUACUGUAUUUAAAGUUACCAACACCAUUUAAGUUAUUCUGAGAAAACAUAGUGAGUACGUGUGAUUGAGUUUCCUGCCAUUAUCUCUAUAUGCAUAAUCGUCCUCCCGUUGCUCUGUUACAUUUCAAUUGCUGCUUUCUCCUAAGUUCAAUCUCGAUCCAAGUUGAAAGCGGAAUAGAAGGUUUGGUCGAAAAGAUGUACUCAGUAUUUUAAAGGAUUAUACGACGAGGAUCACUCGACAGCUUCACUUUUUUCCUAUAGCCAUAGAAAUAUCUUUAUUUAGCAAAUUCUUAAAACGAUAUUUAUCCAUUUUAAUUUUUUAUCUCGACAGAUCCCUAUAACGACGGGCACUAAGGAGACAAUUUACCUAACCCAGGUAUGAGCAUCUUCACAUACCCUUACCCGUGAGAGCAAAUGUGUAGGUUGAUUAAGAUGCAACCGAGAUUGUCGCGUAAAGUUGAAGAAACAAGGAACUUGUAAUCAUGCCUACUAGUAGGCUCGUCAAACUCAUAAAGUUUGAAAUAUAUUGUACGGUUAGAGGGGUACUUUUUUAUCAAAGAAGGGUCUUAUAAUUGAAUAUAAGAAUUGAAUAUAUAGAGGCUUUAUCGGAGGGGUGUGCACUUGGAAUGUCACAGUGUUUUGCGGACAAGAAAUUGCAUUUACCAAUGAGGGUAGCGCAGAACAGAACAUCUAUUGAGCAAAUUAACCAACAAGUACCUUUUAAUAGUUAUUAUGGUUUCAAGCAGACAACUUCAGAGACAGAAUCAGCCACAAGCAAAGGGACUAAAGACACAAGGACAAAUAGUGCCGUGAUUGGCAUCGCUGUGGGGUGUGCAGUUGUGUGUGUAAUCUUUCUUAGCGUUCUGGUUUUAUUUUGCAAGCGAAGGAAAUCGUAAGUGUUAUAUAUGUAUUGUUUUUGCUCUUGACUUAUCAUCUCUUUGAAUGCGUGUAUGGGGAUGG